AUGACGAAGCCCACCACCCUGUCCAGGUUGAUGUGCGCGUGCUGCCGCUCCAGGAAGGACACUCUACACCUCUCCAGACUGAAGCAGGAGCUGGCCCAGGUGAAGCAGGAGCUGCAGUAUAAGGAAAUGGGAGUGGAGACCCUGCAGGAAAUUGACAGGAAAAUGUCCUGCAGUCAGACGAACUACAAGCUGGACGAGGCUCAAGCCAUCUUAAAUGAGCUGCGGAGCAUCAAGAAGGCCAUCAGCACAGGCGAGAAGGAGAGGCAGGACCUCAUCCAGAGUCUGGCUAAGCUGACAAUGAACUUUCAACGCAGCCUGUCAAUCAGUGACUCGACCAGCGAUGCGGUAAACAGCACCGGAACCGUUGGGAGUUCGUGCAGUCUCCAGCAGUACUGUGACACCAGCUGUCAGACAGACAUCAUGGGAGAGUUUUGUUCGCCAAAUUCCUCCAAUUUGGUGGACAAGGUGAAACUCAACUGGCAGUACGAAGAAGCCAAGAAAAAGGUGCAGAAUAUACAGCACCAGCUAGCUCAGUUGGACACUGAGAGCUGGUCCGGACGGGCUGAGGCAGACCGGGACCGGGACUUCAUGCAGCUGCUACGUGAGAAGGAAACCCUCCUUCAGGAGCUCAUCCUGGUCAGCAAGCAGCAGCACCCACCAGAGACGCUGCUGCAGCUGGAGGAGGAGCGUUCCAGGCUGGAGGAGGAGGUGCAGAGAGCCUACAACUCUCAAAGCCAGGGAGCCAAUCAGAGGAUCUUGCAGCAGGAGAAGAGGAACGUUCUACUCAAGCAACUACAGGAGGCAACUCGCAUCACCACCUACCUUCAUUCCCAGCUGAAAAGCCUGUCAGCCAGCUCUCUAACAGUGUCCUCCAGCAGCAGCCGCGGCUCUCUGGCCUCAAGUCGGGGCUCUCUGGCAUCCAGCCGGGGCUCCCUCAGUUCCAUCAGCUUCAGUGACAUCUACGGCGUCCCUCAGUACGAGGGCACUGGAGAGCCACUCGAUCCCCACAUUCGUUACCUGCUUCCCCUAGAGAGCAUGCCUAAAGACUGCUCUGUGUUUUCUCCUGAACCCUUGACCCAGAACAAAACAAAACGCUCCCAUGACACCCCGCAGUCCCUGGCCUCCCUUUCCUCUCGCUCCUCUCUUUCCUCCUUGUCGCCUCCCAGCUCCCCCAUGGACACUCCUUAUCACUCUGCACCCCAGGACUGCUCCCUCACCCAAAUGACAGAGGAGUACAUGGAACAGGCAAGCUGCAGGCUUCUGGAGGGGCUGCGGGCCCAGACUCAAACCUUGUCCUAUUCAUCCAUGCUGAGCAGCGAAGACAUGGUGAACCCUGCCCCCACCCAUAAGCUUGACACCAAGAUUCAUAAAGAUGGCAGGGGUCAGAUGGCCUACACCUCCACAGGAGUGACUCUGAGGGGAAACAGUGCCAACAGGAGAGCCCGAAGAGUCUCUGCAGGCGUUUCUGAGGACGCUUUGGCUACUGACAGUGGCGUGUUCGAGGCGUGGGGCAAGAGGGCAGAGGAGUAUGAAGAACUGUCAUCUGCAGGCGAGACUACUCAGAUCCAGCUGGGACUUCUGUGGGAAUCUGCUUCUCAGUCUCUGCGGCUGCACUUGCUGCACCUGAAGAAUCUGAACUCCUCAAAUGUGAGAGAAGGCUAUAAAGUGUUUGUAAAGGUGCACUUGAUUCCACUGGACGCCAGCAGGACCUGUGCGUUUUACUGCUGUACAGCUCUGCAGCCUCAGUGCCAGAUGAGUUUCAACGAAGGCUUCCGUAUACCAGUUCCUGCUAAUGCCCUGGCAGUGUACGGCCUGCAGCUGUCGGUCUGCUUGAUUGGACCUCAGGCUCAGGAGGAGCUACUGGGUACGGCCCAGCUAAGCCUGGCAGAUUGCGAGGGGAAUACAGAGAUGGUUUACCAUUGGCUGCGAGUCCAGAUGUGGAGUGGAGCAGAUUCACAGAGACCUGAACAGAAGAGUCUUACCAAUCGCAGACACGACAGCCAGGAUGAUGAGAAAAGACCCAGAGCCAUGGAAGCUACUGUAUGUAAUCUAUCAUGUAACAAUACCACCCACUUGGAGGAGCGAGAUGCAGAGCUGGAGCUGCAGAGGUCAAAGAAGAAGGACGAGCAUGGGGAGGUGACGUCUGGAAGGAGUUGGCAGGCACAGUCUGUAGACAGCGGCUGCAGUAACAGCACAGCAUUUACAUCUCCCUGCUCAGAGGGUGUGUGUGUGGAAGGUCUUUACCCCACCACCGGGGGGCGCUGUGAUAAAACACUGAGCAAACUCUCUGCAAUUAAGGUUGAGAAGGCCACAAUGACAGAAGGCCCAUUCCCGGAGCCAGUGCAGGUCUGGCCUAAAGAGAGGGCGGGUCGCUGGGGCUACGCCUCACCCUUUAUGCGUGGAAGCACCAUUGUUCGCUCUCAGACCUUCUCACCUGGCGCUCGGAACCAGUACGUCUGUAGGUUAUACCGCAGCGACAGCGACAGUUCAACUUUACCAAAGAAGUCACCGUUUAUCAGAAACACAUUGGAAAGAAGAACAUUGCGAUAUAAGCAGCAGUCGUACCGCUCCUCAUUGGCUGAGCAGCCGAUACGCACCUCCUUGGACCUGGAGCUGGAUCUUCAGGCUUGCAGGACUCGUCAGAAGCAGCUGAUGGAGGAGCUGAGCUCCCUGAGAGAACUCAAGCUGCGACUAGAAGAGCCAACGUCCUGUGAGGCCACUGAGCUCCCCAACUGGGCCCUGAGGGACGAACGUUUCUGCCACCUGCUCAGAGAAGCCCAGAGACAGGCCAACCAAAGCAAGCAGGAUCAGCGUCAGGAGGAGGCAGCAGAGAGGAGGCUGAGGAAGGCUUCCAAAGAGGUUCUGCAGAUGCGAGGACAGAGCCAGAAGGAGCCUCUGCCUGUGCAGACAUUCAGAGAGAAGAUGGCCUUUUUCACCAGACCAUGGGUCAACAUACCCCCUCUACCAGCUGACGAUGUAUGAGGCCAAAACUCUGCAUCACAACUAAACAUGAAGUUUUUAGGGAUUUUUAUCUCAUGAAGUACAAAGUUGUUUUUGCUGCAGGAAGCAUGACCUGCCGAUGAAGAUCCAAAUGUUUCACCUCUUCAGAAGCAUUCGUCUUUUUUACAAACAUCAACAAGUAGAUACUUGGUGACACCCAGACUGUACAGUUUUUGUUUUUGUAAAGGUUUUUAGUAACCCUUUUCUUUCCUCCUAUGAGGUCCUUAUGUUUGUGCU